GCUGUCAGCAUACUCGCUUUCUCGCCGAUAACACGAAGUAGCAGAACUCGCUGUCAAGCAAAACUCUGAAAAUGGCCGACGCCGCACAAACAAAAUCACCUGCUAAGGCACCAGCAAAGAAGAGGGCAUCCAAGCCCAAGAAGCCUUCAAGUCACCCCAAAUACUGUGACAUGAUCGCAAAGGCUAUCGCCUAUCUGAAAGAACGUGGUGGUUCUUCUCGUCAGGCUAUUCUCAAGUACAUCUUGGCCAACUACAAAGUUGAUGCUAACUCCGCCAGAAAUCACUUGAAGAUGGCUCUCCGCGCUGGUGUAAAGAAUGGUACCCUGAAGCAGUCCAAGGGAGUCGGUGCCUCCGGAUCCUUCAGACUCGGAGACAAGGCCGAGAAGGCAAAGAAGCCAAAGGCCAAGAAAGCUGCCAAGCCCAAAGCCGCCGGAGCUAAGAAGGUGAAGAAGCCAAAGGCAGCUGGCGCCAAGAAGUCUCCCGCUAAGGCAAAGAAGCCAAAGGCCAAGAAGUCUCCCGCGAAGAAGGCACCUAAACCCAAGGCAUCCAGGAAGUCUCCCGCAAAGAAGGCAGCUAAACCCAAGAAGGCGAAGACCACCAAGAAGAAGGCCGCAGCGAAGAAGUAAAUACUGAUGUUGUGAAACAAACUUGUGUAAAUUAUGUACAAACUUUCACACAUAGUGCUAUCAUCAUCACCGCCUCAUCAAGUAUCGUACAUUAACUCAUCGUACCAUUGUGUUCACAUUCGCUCUGCAUCAGGGCAUAACUGGACAGGCAGCAGGUUGACUUCAGUGUGAUGAGAGGAUGUUGACAUCCCUCAUACGGGUCAUCGACAGACAGUAUCAAAAGUGCUCAGACUUUUUCAUUCGUGCAAUUUUGUUUAUUAUUUAUUGUUAUGCAAAAUGCGCACAUCAUUGCUCAUAUCAUUGAUAUCGCGAUUCAUUGUGUAUAUAUACCAUUUCAUGAUAUAAAAGAACGAAGUGAA